AUGGCCCUAUCCCUUCAAGAAAGAAAGUCAAAGAUUCUCAAGAGGCUGGAGUUUACCCUUGAAAACACCCACACCAUCAUAUGUGACAUAAACAACAAAUUAGAAAGGAUAGUUGGCGACUCAGAGGUGCUCGAAAGAACUGCAUGUGCUUAUGAAAUAUGGUCCAGAAAAAAUGCCUCCUGA